AUGGGUAACAUGAAUUGUAAAAGCAAUUCUUGCUCAUCCAAAGAUUUUAAAACAAAUUCUCCUUCAAAUAAUCGUCCUAUAUCACCAGCACAUAUCCAUCGAUGCAAAGAUCACAAUCACUAUUCAUUAACACUUCCUCAUUUGAAAUCAAAAGGUAAUACAUUCAAGAUUUUCUAUUCCUAUUCUCCAUCACCAGUCAGAAAAAUGGCUCGUAAUUGUUUGCCGAAUAAUCCGUUAAAGGAACCAAAAAAUUUAUUACCUCGUUGGAAUAUUUCAUCAUCAAUGAAUAAUCUAAGUAAUCGAACAAAAUUAGCAUGUCGUACUUGCUCAUCAUCAUCCUCAUCAUCGUCAUCGUCAUUCAAAUUAGAGAAAAGGCAAUUUGCUUAUAGUCGCUACGGUAUGUGUUAA